AUUAGUACCAAAGUGAAUUGUUGAAUAAAUUACCGCAUUAUAUAACGCUACAGCUGUCCUGAUAGGGAUGGACACCAUAAAAACAUUCUACACAAAGUCUAACAAAACAAUAGACCGCCUAUGUUCAUCUCUGACACCUGUGAAAAAGGUCCUACAAGUAUUGAGUCCGCUGUCAUCGGUGAUAUACGCUGCCCUAACAUAUUAUUUCAUCUGCUCCUUGGAAACCGAAUAUUUAAAAGUGUUCGGCAUCGCAUUUAUUGCCUACGCAGCUGUGAAUAGUUUGUAUGAAAUGGCAAGCAUCAAGAAAAGCUACGGAACGAUAAGAAACUAUCUCCUGAACGCAUUCUAUAUUGUUGUCUCCAUCAUAUUAGCAUAUUAUCUGUAUCAGACGUAUUUGCUGAAAAUAUUUGGUGACUACAGCAAUAUCUCCUCGGCCACCAGCCAGUAUAUCAACUCGGGCGAAGCUUGGUAUUCAAAGAUAUUUACCAUUGGCUUUUUGGCUUCCAUGCCAAUCACCAUACUGAUGAAUAUAUACCAGGCUAUCACCAAAUAUAGAAGCAAGCCAGGGUACAAGAAUGUAAACAUCUAUUUAUCAACACGACAAAGGCGUAUAUAUCGUAGAAAUGAUGAGUAUAAAUACAUGGAUCUCAAAACAGGUGUUCUUCCAUCAUUUAUCGGAAUAAUAGUUAAUUUCUUUACCACCAACAACCUGGCAUCAUAUGGCUCCAGUGCCGCAAAUAUUCUGAACGCGUUUAGCGUAUAUGACGAUGAGAAAUUCAUAUCUUGUUUUAUGCCACUCGUGCUGAUGACACUAGUUUCGCUUGUUGUUAUGUUCAGCGGGUAUUUCAAAGUCAUCACGCCUUAUCUAACGCAGUCUGUAUAAAACAGAAAUGUAUGAGUUGUGUUAUAAUGGAUGCGGUAUAAAUACCAUUAAAAAAAUUUGCCUGUUUGUAGAAUAUGCUCAUGUUGUACAUCCACGUACAAAUAAAGAGUAUCCGAUAAAUGAAGUGUGUUAUAACAUCUGUUAAGAAACGAUUUUUCCUUUCAUCGUUGAAUAA